AUGAGUACUUCUCUACCUAAAACACCAGCUGCAUCAGAAGGACGAUACAAUAGACCGUUUGGAAGGGUUGAUAAAUAUGCUGCCGCUUCGUGCAAGUUCUGGGAUAACGUUGGGGCUUGUAGACAUGGUAGUAAAUGUGCAAAACUACACAAUAGACCAUUGAGGUCAAAGACAGUUAUGUUUUGGAAAAUAUACAAUAACCCUGUGAGAACUUACUACAACAAAUCAAGAGAUGAAGAGAACCGAAAAAAUGGUGAAUUUGUGACACUUAACCCGGAGAUUGACGAGGAAAAAUUGAGGCAAGAGGCCAACAGAUUGUACCAAGAUUUGUUUGUAGAAUUAUCAAUAAAAUUCGGAGAAGUGUCUGCUAUAGUGAUAUGUGGUAACUAUAAUUUACAUUUGGGAGGUAAUGUUUUAGUCAAGUUUAAGAGUGAAAGAAGCGCUGCUAAGUGUUUUGCUGAAUGUAACGACCGAUGGUACAAUGGGAAACCUAUUUUCUGCGACUUAUCCCCUGUCAAAUUUAUCGAUGAUGCUAUAUGCAAAGAUUAUGCAAAUGGUCGCCGGUGUGAACGUGGCGACCAAUGUAAUCUCAUCCAUGCUCGAAAUAUUGAACCAUCUCUAGUCAAAAUGUUGAAUGCUAGUCAACGUGCAUAUUAUAAAUCUCUAGAAUCUGUAGAAUAG